CGGUUACUAGGAGACGGAGGACGCGGCGAAGGGAAAAACCAUGGAAACGGCACUCUCGGAGACGAAGGCUCACACCUCGGUGCCGGUGCAGAUCACGGUUCUCCGAGCACGCGACCUGAAAGGAGCAAAGAGCGACUCGCCGGUGACGUACGUGAGGUCGGAGUUUAACAAUGUGCUUCUCGGGGACUCUCCGAAACUGGAAGCCGCUGCGAGCCAACCCACGGAGUACGACUUCACCGCCAGUUUUGAUAUCGGCCCUGACGGCCCUCACGGUCUGGACGACGUGGCACAGAAACCAGUUCUGCUAACUGUGUUCGAGGUCUUACCCAAGGAGAAGAAGCAGAAAGAAGAGAAGAUGGCGGUUCUGGGCCAGGCGGCGGUGGAUCUGCUUCCAUUACUGAAAGGCUGCUGCAGUUACAAGGUUACCCUCCCUCUGCAUCCUGUGACCGGCGCACCUCCGGAGACCGCUCACCCCGAACACAAGCCCAGCUUGGAGGUGGCAGUCUCCGUCCCCGAGCCUCUGCUCUCCGAGGGGCAGAUCAGCGAUGGGAAUCAGCUGACGGUGACCGUGGAAGCGGCUUAUUCCGUCCCGGAAUCGUGGAACACCACAGGCCCUCAGUAUAACUACGCGGUUGGUCUUCAGAUCCCGGCGGCGGGAGAGAAGCCUGUCCUGUUUUCCAAUGGCUCCCUGAAGGCCGGGGGAGAAAUGGAGCCGGUCCCCCGCCAGAAGAAAUGGCCUGUGAGCGGCAUAGCGGCCCCUGGAGCUCAGAAUAUCCCAGAAUCUUUCAUUGUCGGGGGGCCGUAUGAGGAGGAAGGGGGGGAAAUGAACCGGACAGAGGAUAAAGAGUUCCGCACGGAGGCCGAGACCCUCAGGAAGAGAGUGACCUGGGACAUGGAGAGACGCUGCUAUCUUGAGCCGUCCACCUUGACCAGCCUCCAGAAGCGCAUAGCCGAAUGCCGCUAUUGGCCGGUCGAAAUAAUGAGGGUCCCUGUCACCAGCACCACCAAAGCAAAGACCACCAAGACAGACAAGGGCGAGGAGGAUCUCCAGAUCUCCUUCCACGGCGUUGCUUACGUAAAUAUGGUUCCCCUGCUCUACCCUGGGGUCACGCGCCUGCGCGGGGCAUUUCGCAUCCAUCCCUAUCAGGAUUCUGAGGUCCUCGAGAAGACCAAGUGCCAGGUCAGUGUUCUACGGGAGGUCGCACGCCAGUCCAGCUUGGGCAGCAGGUUCGGAAACGCCCCAGCCGCUUCUCCUCAUGCCAGACAAGCGCCCAGCCGUACGUCCAAAGAAGAUAAGCCCGGCAGAGACACUGGAAGAAGGAUGUCCGCUGUGUUGAAACCAUCUGACUUACCGCGAGACGGUGACUCCACGCCUCCCGCCAUAACGCAGAGCAUCAUCCAAAACGUGGAAGGACAGCAAUACUCAGAGGCCGGGACGUACAUAGUGCUGGAGCUGUGUCUGGAAAAACCACUGGUGCCCAAACGCUCGGCAGAAGAACUGGAUAUAAAAGUGAAGGAACUUCUUCCUCCGCGACCGCAGUUACCGCGCCGCUCCGCCGGAGCACAGAAGGCGGUUGCGGACUAUCAGAGUCAGGUCUCCAGCAUCACCAACUCCAUCUUGGAGGAGUAUUUCGAGCUCUUUGGGCAGCGGGUGGCCGAGGGUCAGGAGCUGGACAGACAAGCCCUGGAGGAACAGAAGUGCCAGCUCAACUACGAGCUCAACUGCUCAGGGAAAUACUUUGCCUUUAAGGAGCAACUGAAGCACACGGUGGUCAAGAUUGUGCGGGAGAAAUACCUGAAGACCACGGCGUUCGAGGAUCGGGAGAAGCUGCAGGCUUUCCUGGGCGAGCUCUACGUCUUCCUGGUGGAUCAGAUGCACCUCACCCUUAAUAAGACUUUGUUUGAUGACCGCGAAGAGCCUCCUCCUCCUCCCAUGACGGACCCAGAGAAGCUCCGAUGCUUUGCGAGAGAAGCAGAGCUCAACGAGGACUACCAGCUGGCUGAGAUGUACUACCAGGAGAGGCUGGUGCGGGAUCGGCAGUGUCUGGACCACUGGGUGGAUUAUGGGAAAUUUCAAAUGCUGACCGGCAACUACCUUAAAGCCCAGGAAUGCUUCUUUGAGGCUUUGAACCUGAACCGGAGUCACCCGCCCAGCUUGCUCCUCUCUGGGAUAAUAGCGGUGCUCCUUGGUAACUAUGGCAACGCGGAGGUUUUGUUCGAAGAUGCGACGUGUCUCCAUCCGACCAGCGUCUUGGCUUGGACGAUGUUAGGACUGUUCUACGAGCUUCAGGGUAACGACAUCAGGAUGGAAAUGGCUUUCUCUGAAGCUCAUAAGCUGCGUCAGGCCCAAGCGGGUCAGGAGAAGCCGCCAGCCACGUCAGACACCGGAGCUCCACACGGAGAAGCCGCAUCGGUGGGAGAGAUCGGUGACAGAGGAAGAGUCGCCGACGGCCCCGCAGCAGAGCCGAGUACCGGCAGCAUCUUCAUGGAGGCGGCUCUGUUCCUGGCACGGGCCAACGCGACCCAGUUUGUGCAGAGAUCUCUCGCCCACGAGCUGCUGUCUCCAGACGGGGGUCCCAGCUGCCGAUAUCACCUGCUGCGAGCUCAGACUCACCUCCUGAGGAAGGAACUCGACGAGGCCAACAAGAAUCUAGAGGAAGCGUCCAAGAUGGACCACCAGAACCCUGACGUCUGGGCCUUCACGGGACACUUACGGCUUCUGAGCGGCGACAAGAGAGAAGCCCGGAACUGCUAUGAGCGCACACUCAGCCUAGUGUCCGACGCGUCCGAGAUGCAGCCGGUCUACCUGCGCCUGGGGUCGAUCUACCUGGAGGAAGGAGAGAAUGAAAAGGCUAAGAACACGUAUCUGACGGCUUGUAAAAGAUCCCCCACCUGUCUGACGUGGCUGGGAGCCGGGAUCGCUUGCUACAGGUUAGGGAACAUGGAGGAGGCAGAAGAUGCACUUUCGGAAGCCAACGCUCUGAAUAACGCCAAUGCUGAAGUCUGGGGCUACCUGGCCCUCAUCUGCUUGAAGGCUGGGAGACAGGUGGAGGCCGAACAGUGCUACAAAUACACUCGGAAGUUAAAUCUGCAGAACCCGGCUCUGCUCGAUGAAAUUCACCGGAUACAGGAGGAGGUUGGAUUUGGAGACCCGUCCUUCUAACAAACGAGACGGAAGUCCCUGCGCGCCAUCAUGAAAUCAUCUUUGGAGAGAGAAGCCCGGAGAGAGCGGUCGUCGCGGGGGCUCGGAUUAGGGCUGGAUCUACUAAGCUGUGCAGCGCCUUAGCACAUGGCCAGGGCAGAAAACGUCUUAUUGCGUACAAACUGGUUUCAUUAGACUUUCUGAUGGAGGGUUACACGGCGCGGGCAAUGUCUGCACAGGAACAAUAAAUCCUUUUAUUACCCA